CACAACGUGGUUAAGCAGUGUUAAGCCCAGUGUCAAUCUAACCUCUUAAUUUACUUAACAAUCAUUGUAAGUUGACAGUUGUGUAGUACAACAUGUGCGAUGAAUAAUAAAAGAACAAAUUUAAUCUAAAAAGUAAUUUUUAAAAAUCUUAAUUAUUAAUUUGAUUCUUCUUUAUAAAAUUUAAAUAAACGCACAUAUUAUAUUAUCAUAUUCCAUUUAUUAGGUAUACCAAAUAAAAAUGGGAGGUAUUUAUGAGGCAUUUGAUGAUCUUAUAUUUUCAACAUUUGAAAAUGAUUUAAUGAAUUAUAUUCUCGGUUAUCGUUCACAAUCACAUGCAUUACUUGAUUGUGUGGCAUCAAUUGUUAAACUUCAAAUGCGUAAUAAACAAAUAGAUGAAGCAUACAAAGAAUUAUCAUUAGCACGAAAAGAAUUUUUAAAACUACAACAUGCUUAUAAAUAUGGUAAAGUUAGAAAAUUUUUUCCAAGAGUAAAGACAUAUUGGAAAGUUGGUAAAGCAAUAAGAGUAUCAAAAGUAUCAAAUGUUAGUAGAUGGAAAAAACGUGGUGAUCCAUUAAAAUUUGAUUGUGAGAAUAAUUUUAUUGUAUUGGAUAAUAACUUAUUAGAACAAUGUAGAAUAUUGGUAGCAGUAUCAAGCAUAUGUUGGGAUUUGGCUGAUGAAUUGGAAAUACUAGCUUGUAAGUAUUUUUCAAGAGAAUUUCAGCAUUACUCAGUACCCAGAAGAUUUGAAAAUUUUUUAAAAGCAGUACGUCAAAAACAAUCAAUGAUGAUAAAACUAAGAGCUCAACUUGAUGGAACGGAAAAAGUUGAUGAAGAUGUUGAACAAUCAGCAUCUUGACGAUGAGAUCAAUAUAAAUAUCAACGUUUCAAUUUUUUCUUUUUUUUAUACUAUUAUUAUUUAUCUAAUUAUUAAUAUAUAUUUAAUAAUUAUUUAUUUAAUCUUUUAUGAAAUAGAGGCUGAUUUUAACAUUAAUUAAUUUGUACUUAUAAUGUGCCUUUAAAAAAAAUCAUGUGAUUCUAUGAACUUAUGACUAGUAAGUUUAUAAUUAUAAUAACUAAUUGUAAUAAGUAAAAAAGAAAAUAACAGUUUGAAAUAAUAAAUGUUUACUUUUA